CGGGCCGCCGCUGGUGACCACUCGCCGCGCCGCCGGAGGCUUCACCCGCGCCCUCCCCCAGGACGCUCCCGCGGAGCUCUGGGCUCUUCGCCCCGCUCGCGGAGGCAGCGCUGCGUGCCGGGCGACGGCGAGUCCAGAAGAUGGCUUGGGUGCUCAAGAUGGACGAGGUGAUCGAGUCCGGGCUGGUGCACGACUUCGACGCCAGCCUUUCGGGCAUCGGGCAGGAGCUGGGUGCCGGCGCAUACAGCAUGAGUGAUGUCUUGGCAUUGCCCAUUUUCAAGCAGGAAGAUUCCAGCCUUCCAUUGGAUGAUGAAACUAAAAACCCGCCCUUUCAGUAUGUGAUGUGUGCCGCAACAUCGCCAGCAGUGAAACUGCAUGACGAAACGCUCACUUACCUGAACCAAGGUCAGUCCUACGAAAUUCGAAUGCUGGAUAAUCGGAAAGUGGGUGAUAUGCCUGAGAUCACUGGGAAGCUGGUGAAGAGCAUCAUAAGAGUGGUGUUCCAUGACAGACGGCUCCAGUACACAGAGCAUCAGCAGCUUGAGGGUUGGAAGUGGAAUCGCCCAGGAGACAGACUUCUUGAUUUAGAUAUUCCGAUGUCAGUGGGAAUCAUUGACACAAGGACAAACCCAAGCCAGUUAAAUGCGGUUGAAUUUCUGUGGGACCCUGCAAAACGCACAUCCGCCUUCAUUCAGGUACACUGCAUCAGCACAGAAUUUACUCCACGGAAGCACGGAGGUGAAAAAGGAGUGCCUUUUCGGAUCCAGGUUGACACCUUUAAGCAGAAUGAAAAUGGAGAAUACACAGAUCAUCUACACUCAGCUAGCUGCCAAAUCAAAGUUUUUAAGCCUAAAGGUGCAGACCGGAAACAAAAAACGGACCGAGAGAAGAUGGAGAAGAGAACUGCUCAUGAGAAAGAAAAGUAUCAGCCAUCCUAUGACACCACAAUCCUCACAGAGAUGAGGCUUGAGCCUAUAAUUGAAGAUGCAGUUGAACAUGAGCAGAAAAAGUCCAGCAAGCGGACUUUGCCAGCAGACUACGGUGAUUCUCUGGCAAAGCGAGGCAGUUGUUCUCCGUGGCCCGACACCCCCACAGCCUACGUGAAUAACAGUCCCUCCGCCGCGCCCACUUUCACGUCCCCACAGCAGAGCACUUGCAGUGUCCCCGACAGCAAUUCUUCUUCCCCAAAUCAUCAGGGAGACGGAGUUUCACAGACCUCUAGUGAACAACUUCAGCCUUCAGCCACGACCCAGGAAACACAGCAGUGGCUGCUCAAAAACAGGUUUUCUUCCUACACGAGACUGUUUUCCAACUUUUCAGGUGCCGACUUACUAAAACUGACAAAGGAAGAUUUAGUACAAAUUUGUGGUGCAGCCGAUGGAAUUCGGCUCUAUAAUUCCCUGAAGUCAAGGUCGGUUAGGCCCCGCUUAACCAUCUACGUCUGCCAGGAGCAGCCGGGCAGCCCAGCGCUGCCGGGGCCGCAGCCAGCUGCAGGCCGAGGAGCCGAGAAUGGCAGUGGGACCCCCUACGUUUAUCAUGCCAUCUACUUGGAAGAAAUGGUGGCCUCAGAAGUUGCUCGAAAACUUGCGUUGGUGUUUAAUAUUCCCUUCCACCAAAUUAACCAGGUUUACAGACAGGGUCCCACCGGUAUUCACAUUCUCGUUAGUGAUCAGAUGGUUCAGAACUUUCAAGAUGAGAGUUGUUUUUUAUUCUCCACAGUAAAAGUUGAAAAUAGUGGUGGUAUCCACAUAAUUUUGAAGUGAUGUCUUACGUAGUCUGAACUAUAUUCAGUACCAAAUAAAGUCACGCUUAAAAGUGUGUGAAGACUGAAUCCAAGAAGUCUUGGGAUUGGAUUUUACUGUAUGAAAUGUUUCAUAUUGAAAACACAAGAUGACCUUUCUAAUGAGCUGUAUGAGAGGCGAAUCUCCUCACUGUCACUGCCAUGGCCAAGCAUCCUCGUGAGAGCGAGCGCGUCGGGACAGCACGCCUGUUCUAGGGGCCGCGCUGCAGGCGGGCCGCCUGCUUCUCUGGCGGGGGCCAGGAGAUGGAGUUCCUAGAAGCAGCCUUUGCUGUCUUUUUACACUGUAUGCGGUUUGGAAAUGAAUGUAAAAACAUACUGUGGGCAUUUACCUUUCUGUGCCAGUUUGGCCUGCAUCGCCUGAACCUUCUGCUGAGCUGGGGCUGGGGACAGUGCUGUCGUGGAGCCAGCGUGGGAUCUGUGUGCAGAGAGGUGCCACGUGCUGACACGGUGACUGUGGUCGGGUAAGCGGCUUGCCACCUUCUCGGAAGAAAUCAUGUCUGACUAAAGGUGUGCGUCGCGCGUCAUCAUGCCAGAUGGGGAGGAGCCAAGCAGGAGGGCCGGAAGCAAGCUGCAUUAUCCAGAGUACCUUGGUGAGAGGAUCAGUGUAAAUCCUAAUAGGUACAAAGACUUCUGUGUUUUUGCUUUGUCACAGAUUUAUUGAAAAACUUUUCGCUUUUGCUUUCAUUUUUAGCAUUUCGUUUCUGGUUUUCAUUUUUGAAGCCCCAAUGCCUUUUAAACUUCUGUGGUUUUCUUUCCGUUUCCUCUGUCCCUGUGUCUGACCCCUCUGAACUGCCCUUCCCACCCCAGCCUGCACCCUCCCCUUCUCGAACACCCUUCGCGUCCUGCCCCGGCAUCAGAGCUAGGUGACCCGGGCAGGAGAGGGCGGGUAGUUUCUGACAUAGUGGUGAGGGGUCUUCAUUCUCAGCAAGUUGAAAUUAUUCUGGGAACACUAAACAUCACAAAUCAAACACUAUAUUGUACCAUGAAAAUUCCUUAAACUUCUCAAAUAUUGAGCUUUUUAGUACAAUCAUGAUUAGACGUUCCGGUGAUUACUUAGAGGCUUUUUAUACACCACAUGAUAGCUUCCUUUUCUGUAAAAAGACUGCCUCUUUCACAAAACCAAAUGCUUGUGUCUCAGUAUGCUUUUCAAAGGGAACCUAACUAUUUUCUCGAUUUUUUUCCUACUAUCUUUAUCUCUUCCCUUCACCCAAAGCCUUUCCCAAAAUUCAUCAGCAAGCAUUUUUGAGGCCUGUAGUGUAGCACAUCCAAUUUGUUUUUAAACUUAAAUUCCAUUUUAAUUAUAGCACCUCUGUCCACUUACCUGGGUGUCUUGGUUUUGAAUGUGUUACUUGAUCUUUAUCUUCGUUCAGGCAGAAACAGGAAUGAGUCUUUUUGAAUUUAAAAUCUGUCCCAUAAAGGAGGUUGUCUGAUACAAAGAAGCACUGUUUCUAAAUAUCUCCACCUUCAGUUUUACAAUGUCUGCAAUUCUCAUAGACCCUAAAGCAGGAGAGCCUGCCUUUCUGUCGUUUUCCCUUUGCUUUUAUAUGACCACGUUUUCUGUACCGAUCACUUGGGAAAGAAGUCAGCUUCCAUUGUUUUAGUUUUGCUUGUCUACUUAGCAUUUCUUUUUGAGUCUCAAGAUUUAUGGAACAAUAAGUGUCAUUAAUGCUGUGUGCUAUAUUGAGUUCUUCAUCGGGUUUUAGAAGUGGGGUAAAAAAUAAUUAAAAGCUCGUCAAACUUGAAAUUGCACCAGGUGGUGUUGAGCAUUAGUCUGUCCAAGUGAAACAAGUUAAAUUAUGGCACCAGCAAAUUUGCUACUUUGUUUUUUAAUAGUAGGAUGUAUACAUCUCAGUAUAAUAAAUGUUUUCCGACUGUUUUGCAAA